AUGGCCACCAAACGCACCCGGAGUUUCGAUGCAAAUCCAGCGGAAAUGCGGACUACAGAAGCUCCGGUCAAGAAGAGGAAAGGCUUUUCAGUUGGGCCUGCAAAUUUACCCGAUGGGACCUAUCGUCGCAAGACUCAGAAGAUCAAGUCUGAUCUGAUCCAAAAGGCCAAGGUCAAGAAAGCCUAUGCCAAAGUCAAAGCCGAACAGCUCGUCACCACACCCCGCAGACCUACAUACGCCGUUGCUGAGGAAGACGAUGGAAAUGAGAAGGAUAAAGGCGAUGACAAGUCUCUGCAAGCAGAACCGGCUACUUUAGAUCUCCAUCCGGAUCGACAAGCCAUGUUGGAUGAACCCGAACCCGAGCGAACCCCCAAACCGGAGCGUGCGCAAAGGCAUGAUGGUGACCAGGGCCGUCGAGUGCGGAAGCCGAAGCGGUCGGCAUUCUCCAAGGAGAUGGAAAUUGCGGAGAAGCGUCGGCAGGAAGCAGAGAAGCGGAGAGAGGAGCGUGAGUUUAAGCAGAAGAAUCGAGAGGCAAUGACCCGGGCUAGACGGCCGGAUCGGAAUGGGAAGAGAAGGCUGGGUCGUGAAAGCAAGGUGCUCCUUGACCGCGUGCAAAGAAUGGUUGGUCAAGCGUAG